UUAUAGUAAUCUUUUUUAGAGCAAACCGGCGUGCAGCAACUCAACUGCCAAAUGUUGAUGAAUUGAUAUAUUCUUACUACUUUAAUUAUUCAUUAGAUUCAUAAUACUAUUUAUAUUCAUUCAUUAAGGGAACUAUAAAUCUUUAAAGACGACUAUUCAUUAUUCGGUUAUCUUAAAAUAUAAGAUAUUUUAUCAUUCAAUAAAUGUGUAGUUUUGUAUAAGUUACAAUUCCAUCAAUAGCAUCGUGAUACGAAAUUUUCAAAAUGAAGACUAAAUCUUCUGUAAAAACCAGCUCAGAACAACGGUUUGUUUUCAAAUCAAGAAAAGCCGAACGUAAAGCCAUGCGUCAAAUGAAAAAACAGAAGAAAGGACACUUGCAACAAAUUAUAACUAAUGAAGUUAAUGUACAAAAGGUAAAUGCCAAAAAAAAAUUACCAAAAACUCCAAACACUGACUGGCGAGUAUUGGAUAGAAAUAAAGAAAAAGUUGAAGAAAUUAAAUUACAAAAACAAUUUGAGAAAACUCGUCGUGAGCAAAUGAAACAUGCUAAUGAAGAUGAAGAUAAAGAAAUCAAAAGAUUGGCCAAACAUUUAAAAUUAGACAAGAGGAAAACGGUUGGAAAAUCUUUUAUUGAUGAUGGACUUGAUUACUUGUUGGAUGUGUGUGAUCCCGAGACACGUAAGAACUGUUCAUCUUUAAAAGAAAGUUUGAUGGAUAUUGAUUCAAAUUUUGAUGAUGAUUAUAAUACUGUUAAUGAUUUAAAAAAGAAAAAAGAAAAGAAACAGCCAGAAAUUAAAUCCAAAAAAAAAGUUACAUUUGAAUUUCCUGAUAACUUAUCUGAUGAAAAUACGUUUAAUUAUGAACAUGAUGAUGAAAAUGUAUCUGAUGAAGACAUUUUGGACGAUGAGCUUGAAGAUGAAAGUAUAUCUGGUGAUGAAACUCUUGAUGAAGAAUGUGAUGAUGAAAGUAUAUCCAACGAAGAAGAUUUUGGUAGUGAUAAAAGUGAUACAUUUGAUUACGACCAUGAAGAAGAAUUUGAUUAUAAUGACAAUAAAGAAGAAACAUUUUCUGACAGUGAACCUGAUGAUGAAGAUUCAUUAGAUAAUAACGAUGAUACAAAACCUAUAAGUAUGAAAGAAGAUAUUUAUGGUAGAAUAAGGAAACCUGAUGGCACUAUAGUGGAACAAUCAAUAGCUUAUGUACCUCCACAUUUAAGGAAAAAACAAAGUGAAGAAUCUGAACAACUUAAACGUCUCAGGCAGCAAGUUAAAGGGCUGUUAAAUAGAUUAGCAGAAACUAAUAUGCAUAGCAUUAGUAGACAAAUUGAAGACCUUUAUCAAGUUAACAGUCGAAAUAAUAUGAACGAAACAAUAUAUAAAUGUAUAGCUGAUGCUAUAAUAAAUUCAGAAUGUGUAUCACCGUACAGAAUUAUUGUAGAAAGUAGCACAUUAAUAACAGUUCUACAUACAAAUGUUGGAAGUGAGAUAGGUGCAUUCUUUUUACAAAAUUUGGCAACCAGAUUAAAUACUCUUAUUGAGAGUAAUAAUAUAAAAGUUGAAGAUAAAGAAUUGGAUAAUAUUGUACUAUUGUUGUGUUGUCUAUAUGCUUUUAAAGUAUUCCAUGGUGGUUUUAUUUUUGAAAUUUUAAACAAACUUCUUAUUAAGUUUGAAGAAAAGCAUAUUGAUCUUAUUCUAAGUAUUUUAAAAACUAUAGGAUUUAACCUUAGAAAAGAUAGUCCUACAUUAAUCAAACAAUUAUUAUUAGACAUACAAAAAAAAAGUUCAGAUACUUGUGAAUCAACGACAAGCUCUAGAGUUAAAUUUAUGUUGGAAAUUCUGUCAGCAAUUAAAAAUAAUAACGUGAAUAAAAUACCUACUAGUUCAGAGCAAUGUUACUCAACAUACAUUGAGCAUAUACAAAAAGUUAUACGUACUUAUUACAAAUAUAAUAAAACUCCAGCAGAAUUAACUAUAUCCUAUGAAGAUUUACUUAAUGCUGAUAAUAAAGGUCGUUGGUGGAUUGUUGGUUCAGCGUGGAAAGGUGAUGAACAAAAAAAUACAAAUAACCCUCAGAAAAAAGAUAUGUAUGAUAAAAAACUACUAGAUAUGGCAAAAAAAUAUCGCAUGAAUACUGAUACAAGAAAAAACAUUUUUUGUAUUUUAUUCACUGCUGAGGACUAUUUAGAUGCAUUUAACAAACUUGUUCGACUAGGUCUAAAAGGUCUUCAACAAGAAGAAAUUGUCAGUGUCUUAAUUCAUUGUUUAUUAGUUUAUAAAAUGUAUAAUCCAUUUUUUGCUUAUGUUGCACAACAAUUAUGUCAAUCCAACAGAAAAUAUCAAGCAUUUUUCAAAAAAUCAAUAAAUGUGCGUUUAGAAGAAAUUGACAAUUUGAAAAAAAAUCAAAUUCCUAUUUUGGCAUCAUUUUUAGCACAAAUGUUACGCAAUCAUUCACUACCAAUCACAAUUUUAAAAAAUGUUGACUGGGGAAGCCUGAACAAAUUGACGGUGAGUUUUGUUCGACAGACUUUAAUCAAGGUGUUACAAGAUAUUGAUGAAGAAGAAACAACCAAUAUAUUUUUAAAAGCAUCAAAAAAUCCUACUUUGCAGUUUUUCCGCGAAGGACUUACAUUAUUUUUAAGUCAUUUCCUUAUUAAAAAUGCUUCAAAAGACAUUAGUGAUAGUAAAUUAGAAUUGCUAACAAAUAGAGUAAAAGUUGCACAAGCCGCAUUAAAUCGCUGUUAGUGUGUGC